AAAGUUUUCAACAUUCUUCGAUUUCAUAAAAUUUGGCUCUACUAACUAAAAAGAGUCAUUUCAGACAAAGAGGUCACGCGGUAGCUCCGCGAUCCUCCUCCGUCUCCUCCUCCUCAACACCGUCGCAAUCGCUCUACCAUUGGACAAUGAUGAAGACAAGUGCGUGUUCACGGUUUACAUACGAACCGGUACGGCAUGGAAAGCCGGUACAGACUCCGUCAUGAGCCUCCGUCUUUACGACAGUUACGGUCAAGACGCGGUUAUCUCCGAUUUGGUGUCAUGGGGAGGUUUAAUGGGUCCAUUUCAUGACUAUUUCGAGAGGGGCAAUCUCGACAUUUUCAGUGGUUUAGGUUCUUGCCUCUCAGGUCCGGUUUGUGCAAUGAAUUUGACAUCCGAUGGCUCUGGUGAUCAUCACGGUUGGUAUUGUAAUUACGUGGAAGUGACCAUGAGUGAGAGCCGUCGGAGAAGUUGUUCACAGGAGAAGUUUGAAGUGGAGCAAUGGCUGGCUCGUGAUGCUUCACCGUAUGAGCUGUAGGCGAUUAGAAAUCAUUGCUCGGACUUGGUCAAGAAUCGGCGAGUCGUUAUUCCCAUGAUGUAGUGGGAGAUUAUUUAUGUGUCAAAUGUCAUGUUUACGUGUGUGAUUGAGAAUUUGUGGUUUUUUUUUCUCGAAUAAUGAAAAUGAAAACAACUGUGUUAUCAUUGUAUUACACUGCUUCAUAUUCGAGUGAUCAAUGUAUAAUAUUAUAAAAGAACAUGGAGAGAGUUAAGAUCAAAACAUCUAUGGAGUGUUUUGAGAAUGAAAUAGUGAAACAUCUAUGAAAUGUUAUUAUUCUU